UUGUCUAGUGUGGUCUGGGCGGCUCACCAACUUCACUCUUCGGACCCACCCGAUCCGAUCCGAUCCGAUCCGAUCCGACCCGACCCGAGAGACUGAGCAUUGAAUCUCGUCAUGCUAGUCUCGUGAAGUUUUUCCGGGAAAACACAGAAUUCUCUGUUAUCAGAUUCCGAGAAAAUCUCUCACCGUUUCAUUUUCCGCCUUUUUCAAACUCGAAGCUUUUACUUGGCGAAGCAUAGAGAAGGGACUUCUUUCCAAAAGUGCAGGCUUGAUUUCUGGUUUGAAGGAAGGCUCCUCCUGAGAAGUCGUUAUUCUCCGGAUCUUGUUCUGAGAUUUGUGAUCACAUCGAAAAUCUUAUCAGGUAACACUCUAAACGAUGUUGUCUAAAAACAGUGGGAAUGAGAAGAACAAUGCUUCUGGAGAUUCAUACAAUGUUCAGCUGUUGAGGGACAUCAAGGAGAUUAGCUCAGCGCUUUCCUUACACAAAGCCGCACCGAAAGCUUUGCUCUCAUCUUCUCAUGUCCGAUCCAAAUCUGCUGGCAAGACACGCCCACCGGUUUCCAGGCCGAAUCCCAACUCGAAAACUGUGGGUGAUACCUCGUUGCAGAAGAACAAGAAAUCCUCCCUAGCUUGGAAUUGGAAGAAACCUUUGAGAGCCAUAACGCAUUUUAGGCAGCAUCGGUAUGACAUUUGUUUUCAUCUCCACGUCCAUUCGAUUGAAGGUCUACCUUCAAAUCUGAACGACAGUAGUUUGGUCGUGCAAUGGAAGAGGAAGGACGAAGUGUUGUCUACUCGGCCAUGUAUUGUUUUGGAUGGAGCUGCAGAAUUUGAAGAGACCUUAAUGCACAGAUGUACGGUAUAUUGUAGUAAAAGCGGUCCCUAUCAUUCUGCCAAAUAUGAGGUGAAGCUUUUCUUGAUUUAUGCCUCUGUUGCCGAUGCUCCCCGCCUUGAUCUUGGGAAGCAUUGGAUUGACCUCACAAGGCUCUUGCCAUUGUCUCUAGAUGAGUUGGAGGGUGAGAGAAGCACAAGAAAGUGGACUACGAGCUUCAAGCUUUCAGGUGCAGCAAGGGGCGCAGUUCUGAAUCUUAGUUUUGAUUACUCUGUCAUCAAGGAUUCAAACAGUGAUGUCAAUGGUGCUUCCAACUCAAGCAGUAGAAGUACAAUGCUGAGGCGGGUUGGGAGUGUUCCAAGUAAUUUGGACCACCGAUCUUCACCGCUUGAUGAAGGAAAGGUUUUUCAUCAAGUGUCUCCUAACCUUAGUUUGGAGCUCUCCAAGUCGAUAGAUUUUCUAUAUGAAAAACUUAAUGAACAAAACUUGGAAAGUUCAAUGGGAAAAGAUACCCUGUAUGAAUGUCUGGGGAAAACUAGCCUUAACCCUGGCUUGGAGAGUGCUAAGCAAACAGAUGAGUCUGAUGAUACUGAGUUUGCUUUUAUUGAUAAGGGGGUUGAGAUUGUUGAGCAAGAAGGAUCCAGAUCCAAGUUGGAUGAAAGUACUCUUUCAAACACAGAUUCUUCAAGAAUUGAAAUUAUUGAUGUGGAUGAUAUUCUUAAGGAUGAAGAUGCAGCCCUUACUGAGGAAACACGUUUUAUUGAUCAGUUAUUAAUGGCCAGUCCUGAAAAUGAAGGAAGUAGCUUAUCCUCAAAGCAAUCAUUUUUCGGAGAAUCUGACUCAGCUGUUAGCAGCCAUGUGGUUUCUGAGUCAUUUGAUGUGGAAUCUUCAUCAGCCAUGGAUGACUCUCUCGAACAAGAAAAUUUUUUGGAAGUUAAAUCGAGUUAUAAAGCUACAAAAAUGUCAAUGAAGUCGCUAAGCCUGGAUGACAUAACUGAAUCUGUAGCUAGUGAUUUCCUAAAUAUGUUGGAAUUUGAAGACUGUUCAUAUAUUUACACUUCAGAUGGUGAGCCAGCUUCUCCUCGCGAGUGUCUGCUCAGAGAGUUUGAGAGGGAGGCUUUGGCUUCUGGAGGUUUUUUCUUAGAUUUUGAUGGGGAAGCAGAAUACGCUUAUGAAAUUGACGAUGAGGACAAAGAUUUCUCAUUCACUUCAAGUACUGAGGGUGUUGAUGAAAACAUCGGUAAGGACAAAGCUGAAUUGCUAAUAAAUAGAAGGAAGGCCAAGGUGCUAGAAAACUUAGAGACUGAAACUUUGAUGCGAGAGUGGGGUUUAAAUGAAAACAUCUUUCGAAACUCUUCACGUGUUCGUUCUGAUGGAUUUGGAAGUCCGAUAGAGCUUCCGGUUGACGAGAGAAUUGAUCUGCCUCCUCUUGGUGAUAAUCUUGGGCCUUUUGUCCAAACAAAAGGAGGAGGGUAUAUCCGUUCGAUGAAUCCCUUACAGUUGAGAAAAUCCAAGAAUGUGGCGCGUCUUAUCAUGCAAGUUUCAGCUCCAGUGGUGCUAGCAUCGGAGUUAGGUUCUGAUGUUAUCGAGAUAUUGCAGAGUAUAGUAUCUUCUGGAAUUUCAGGACUUUGCUCUCAGGUUAAUGCAUUGAUGCCUUUGGAGGAUAUUACUGGGAAGACAAUACAUGAAGUAGCUGAAGAUUCGGCCCCUGAGAGAGUGAUGCAUGAUUGCUCUGACAACAGUAGAGCUGCCUUGGACCGGAACUCAUCAGAUCAGCUGGGUUCAUUUCAUUCAGAAGAAAAAUUUGGAUCUUGUCGAUCUCAUAUGAUAUCGGGUUAUGCACCUCUCGAAGCUCUUGCUGCUUUAGCUAUGGAUAGGAUUGAAUCUCUCUCAAUAGAAGGCUUAAGGAUUCAGUGUGGCAUGUCAGACCAAGAUGCACCAUCAAGCAUUGAACCAAAACUCAUGGAUGCCUCUGGUGCUUCAGAGUUAAUUGGUUUCUGCUUUACUUUGAACGAAUGGUUAAAACUUGAUACUGGAUUUACAAACGAUGGAGGUCAAAUGAGUGAUGAAAAGAUAAAGAUUCUUUCAGCUCAUCAUGCUGAUCAACAGAGAGCUUCUAGCGGAAAGCAUCAUAUCUUGGGGAAUGAAUUGACACUUGGUGUAAGGGUAAUGCUUAGAGACCCAUUUCGAAACUAUGAACCGGUUGGCCCAACUAUGCUUGCUUUGAUCCAAGUCGAGAGGCCUUCUGAUUCCUCUAACCCGUGUUUGUAUAGAUUGGCUGAAUAUCAAAGUAAUGAAGAAGCUUCUGAAUUGGAUUGGGGAAUCACUGAGAUUAGUCUUGUAGGUUUGAAAACUGAGUCUGGUGUAGACCAUCCUUGGGGGACGAAAACACAGCAACAGUCCGGAGCACGCUGGUUGCUUGCUAGUGGUAUGGGGAAACCUGUCAAGCUUCCAUCUUCGAAAUCAAAGGCUAUCAUAGUAUCAAACCCGCAAGCAUCCAGUAAGCCCCAAGACACAUUAUGGAGCAUAACGACCAGCAGCCACGAUCAAGAAUCUAAUUCGAGUAGCUGUUCUGCCUCUGCUCUGUUUACGAGAAAUCCUGAUGUGAAUUUCCCGAAUGAAAGAACAUCUAGACCGUGAUGGUAGAAUUUCCUUCUGUGUAUGGGUAUACUGCUUUCUUCUUACCACUUCGUGCUACCAAAAGCAGUCUUGAUUGCGAUGUAUGAGGAUUGUUUCUUAUGGUGUAAUUAAUUACAUAAAUGUUAAUCUCUUCUGAUAAA